AGGGCAGUUCUCUGGUGUGCACUCUUGUGGUUCUUGCUAUAGCGUCACUGUUGCUUGAUCUCUGGCAGUCCAGCUGUGUUAGAGGGGCUAUUGCACUCAUCAGUGAAAAGAUACUCUAACCCCUGGAUGUACACAAAUGGACAAAAGUUGGAUUUUUCUCUACAAAACUUUUUUACUCUUUCGUUUGGGAUUUCUUUUUUCACAGGAGCCAUUGAAGUCUAUGACCACAAAUUGCUCCAGGGCUGUUUAUAGAGUGGACAGAUCUAUCAGCAACAUGUCAAGAUCUACACUGGAACAAUGUUAUUGAAAAUACCGCACGCUUCAGACAAGACAAAGUGUAAAGUGUCGGCAAUAUGUGGGUAUAAGUGACAAAUAGUUUUGAGGAAAACUGUGAUGCAAGAAUGCUGCAGAUUUGGGAGUUUGGGGAUCCCUCCUAUGUGUGACUGACUUGUGCAUAAUUAUGGAUAUCACAACAGCGGCCAGUCUGACCAAUGGCACUGAGUCGUACCACCCAGCAGCAGGGCCCUGGAGUCUGGUGGUGAUAGUGCUGAUCAUCCCCACCAUCGUGGUGGGAAACCUGCUGGUCAUUAUCGCUGUGGCGCACACCUCACAGCUCCAGACCACCACCAACAUCUUCAUCAUGUCUCUGGCCUGUGCUGACCUCAUCAUGGGGGUAUUUGUGGUCCCUCUGGGGGCCACUAUAGUGGUGACGGGGAACUGGCAGCUCAGUGAAGUGUUCUGUGACUUUUGGACAUCAGUGGAUGUCCUCUGUGUAACCGCGAGUAUUGAGACUCUGUGUGUGAUCGCAGUGGAUCGCUACAUUGCCAUCACCAGGCCACUACGGCACAAGGUGCUGCUCAACAAGUUGAGGGCCCGUGUCAUUGUGUGCUUGGUGUGGUUGGUGUCAGCUCUAAUAUCAUUUGUACCAAUAAUGAAUGGCUAUUGGCGAGCCAACGAUGAUAAAGAAGCUAUCAAAUGCUACAAUGAACCUGCAUGCUGUGACUUUGUGACCAACAUGCCCUUUGCUAUUAUUUCCUCUACAGUUUCUUUUUAUAUUCCACUCCUCAUAAUGAUUUUUGUCUAUGCUAAAGUGUUUUUGAUAGCAACACGGCAGGUACAGCUAAUAGACAAGAACAGACUGCGUUUCCAACAUGAGGGUUCAGGACAGCUACAAGUGGGACUCCAUAUAAAUAACAUACUGCCGUCUGCAUGUGCAGCCUACAGCGGCUGCAAUGCCACCAAAAGGAAGAGCACCAAGCGCAGGCCCUCCCGCCUGAUGCUGGUGAAGGAGCACAAAGCACUCAAGACUUUAGGUAUCAUCAUGGGGACUUUUACUGUCUGCUGGCUGCCCUUCUUUGUGGCCAACAUUAUCAAUGUAUUUUACAGAGGCAUCCCAGACUGGAUCUUCAGACUCCUGAACUGGUUUGGGUACAUAAACUCAGGCCUCAAUCCCAUUAUUUAUUGCAGGAGCCCAGAGUUUCGAACUGCCUUUAAGAACUUGCUGGGUUGCCCCUGGCUGUCCACAUUAUGGCUCAACUCUUUGUAUAAAGAGCUUCAGACUCGCUGCCCUUGUUUUCUUUGGGAGGCAGAGACGGUCAAUACUCGCACCUUCCAAAAGCCUCCCAAUGGAACGAUGGAGGGCACUGAGAGCCUGGCCAGCACACUGGGGAGCUAUCGCAGUGAAGAGGCAUCUACUGCUCCUCUGCAGUCCAACGGGACCACACUGUACAGUGACAUAUCUGAGCCCGGAACCUCUUGCUUUACUUUACAAGAAGCAGAUGAGGAUGGAGUAUGAAUAUUAAAGAAACAUGAAUCCGCUACUGUUUUUUUCAUGGCAACGAACAAAACACUAAGGACACUGUGAAGAAAAGAGGAACACCUGCUGAACGCAUCCUAGCACAUGACAAGCCUUGAACCCACUGACUGAACUUGGAAGAAUCACCUGCGGCAAAGUGAAUCUAGGAAUAUUCAAAACUAUUGUGAGAAUCAAAGGCCGACUUUUACAGUAUUGUUAUUUAUGACUUGUUGACAAAACCAAAGCUGACCGAAUGGGAAGCAUUUGACAGAAAUGCUGAAAAAUAAACUGUGCCGUCACAUAUUUAAAUCCAGUCUUAAUUUUCUUUAUCUUUUGAACCAAAACUCUGUAUCCGCACAAUCUUUUUUAAUUUUAUUUUUUGUAUGAGUCCUAAAGUCUGUUAUAACAUACAGUACAAUGGCAAUGAAUAUUUAUUUUUCAGACAAACAGGCUGUAAAAUCAAGAAAUCUCCAGUGGUACAGUAUUACAAAACUGCCAAAUAAUGCUUACUAGACAAUGGACAAGUUGUGUCACAACAGAAAAAAAAAAAAUUGAAUUGUAUUGUAAACAAAGCAUUUUACAUAAUUCAUCAUUGGUUUUAACCCUCUCAGGCUCAAAUUAAUUUUUAGUAUCAGGAAAAAUCUGAUAUUUGGGGAAAAUUAUAAUAUGGGGUAGUAAUAUACAAUUCUGACUUUUUUAUCCUUUGUAAAAAAAAAAAAAAAAAAAAAGUAUUUUGUACUUCUGGCAGGCCGUUUGCGUGUAGCCAUUCUUGCACAGUCUGCAUUGCCCACGUUUAUCAGCAUGGAUGGGAGAAAAGGCUCCUGAGUAAAAAAAGCUCAUAUAAUAUGGAUGUGGAGUAAGUAGGUAAUUGGAAUUUAGCUGUUGCAAAUCUGCAACGCCUGCCUGGAGAGGGUUAAUAGAACUGCCAUCAGUGUUGCACUGACAUUGAAGACAGCUGAAAUAAAAAAUAAAUCUGGUAUUAUGUUGUGGACAUUUUGAUAAGAAUGUUAAAACGUCUGUUAGAAUACCAAGUUGAAAAUAAAAUUGAAAACAUUUCUUGUCCUAAGCUACAGUACCAGCAUGUAUCACAGGGAGGGAAAUGACUGAAGCGUACACUUAGAUUGCCGCCAAUGGAUGACGUGUGGUAUAACUUCUCAUCUUCCAAGGAACAAUAUUGAACAACGUCAGAGACCCUGCAAGAGAAAAUACCAAAUCAGAAAUGCAGGCCAUGUUCGAAACAACCUGAAAAAUACAUCUUGCUUGUGGGACCACCAAAAAAAAGCAGUAUUUCAGGCCAACAACUUGGGAUGGAAGAUAAUAUCCUGUCUCAAGUUAAAGCCUAAGCUUAUCAGCUCAUUCCUACAACAAUGUUUCUGUAAACUCAACUAGAUUGGAACCAAAUCCAAACAUUAUUUUACAGAAACCCCCACUUUCAAGUGUUGAUAAGAUACAGGAUCCCAAUAGGAACACUAAAAUAAAUCACUUUAUAUUCCAAAUAUAAAACAUUGAGUGAUUGAGUCUGCAGUUACCAGUCAAAAACAGAGCAGGUGGUUUUUAAACAUGGGAAAAAGGAGAAAGGACAGCUGAACUCUAACAUCUUUUAGUUUUCAUCAUGAUUAGAAUAUUGUGCAAUUGAGUCUAAUGCAGAAAUGAAUCAUCUUGCCAGU